GUGCGGAAAUAGCUGCAGGAAGUUUCUCCCUCGUGAAUGUCACCUGUUUCUUCUGUUGUGUCUGUGCUACAGGAACAUGAGCGCGUCGUUAGCGGUGCAGAGGUUAGCUGCUCUGAGCGGGGCUCUGGCGGUCACCGCCGGCGCUUAUGGGGCUCAUGGGUUCCGACGAAGUAACAGGGAUGAGUACCAGAGAGAGAGAUGUGUAGUUAACGUUUAUGGAUGGAGUCUCCAGUGUCAGCGCUUUGUAACAGUCGCUCUACAGCACGGCCAAUACCUAUCAUUUCUAUCACAGUUUGGCUCUUUUAGGAGCAUCUCGAUGCAGGAAACCUGCUCUGGCUGGAGCAAUUCUCCUGUCUGGCAUGGGCUGCUUCUGUGGUCCUCUCUACCACCAGGCUUUAACGGGUGAUCCCUCCUUCAGCAAGCUGGCACCCAUCGGGGGUGUGCUUUUCAUUGUUGGCUGGCUUGCCAUGGCUGUCUGAACUUUGACCCUCCAUUUCUUUUCUAUACAGCCCCAUGAUUGUUGACAAUUACUUUCUGGAAAGGAGUGUUAAAUUUGAGUGAUAAGAGCAGGAGAUAUAGGGUGGAGGGUGGAGUUGUUCAGUCACGUCUGGAAGAUGAUAAAGCUUUAGGAUCAGUCGUUAUUUUUACAGAAAAAAAUUCCUGUAUACAGAAAAAACCCUAGAGUUCUGACAAUAUGAUGAGUAGUUGGCUACAUUCACAUUAUAUAGUAGCUCAAAUCUGUUUUUUUUUUUUGUGCCUGUGACAGGGUUUUUUUUUUUUUUUUUUUUUUUUUUUUUUUUUAAAUCAGAGCUGCAAAUCUAAUCUUCUCAAUCCAAUUUGAGCUACUUUCAUUUGUAGUCCUAGAGCUGUUACAUAUCCAGGACAUGGCCACACAACCGGAAUUCAUGUUUAUGAAUUAUAUCAUAUUACUGUCCAAUAUUGGCAACAUGCCAUUAAGGCCUCAUUUUAAAAAUGGUUGACUGCCAGUAAUAAUUGUAAAAAAAAAAAAAAAUUCUCUAGCCUUUUUGCCAACAUGCACUAAUUAUGAGCAGCCAAUGAGAUGCCAGUCGACCAGCAAAGCACAUAAUCUUCAAGACGAAGACGUGUGCUGCUUGCUUGUUCAUUUCCCUAUGAUGGAUUGGUGGUUUUGUUGUUGUUCAUAAUGUACAUUUGGCUCAUUCAUGUGAUCUUGAUUUCAGAAAUGUUCCAUUUACAUAUUAAAAUCACCAAGGCAGAUUGAAUCCAGGCAACAAAAAAAAUCGUAUUUGAUUGAUAAGCUUGUAAUGUGUGCAUAGUCCAAGUGUGUGUGUUUUGAAAUUGUGAUUUAGCACCUUUGUUUCUCAGGUUGGAAAAUAAAUCUGUCUGAGAAAGUGA